AUGUUCCGGACCGCCACACGCGUUGCCACCAAGGCCACGGCCUCCGCUGCCGCGACCACCGCCGCUGCUUCCGCGUCGGGCGUGGGGCUGAGCACCGCAUUUGCAGAGCCAGCACUACAGAGCGACGCAUCUGUUCCGUUCGGCUACAAUGGCUCCCUCCGUCCGCUCGACGGCAGCUGGGAGGAAAUCCCGAAACCCGCUUCCCCCACUCUCCCCGCUUUUCCGCAACCCGCGGAAUCCGCCAGCGCCUCCGUCGCGGGGUCAGCGCGAGCGGCGAGGCAGCGGGCGAGCGCGCGCGUGAUUUCCCUUGCGCCUCCCAGCAGGGAAGAGACGGACGCCGCGUGGGCGGAGGUGGUUUCCACCAUGAUGGCGCCGCCUCGCCCGUCUCACUCUGCGCUUGCCAGCCCCGCUGGUGCCGCGCGCGCUAGUCUUACCGCUGGUAUAGCGGGUGCUUCCGCGAGUCGUGCGGGGGAGGAGGAGAGCAUGGCGGAGAGCACAUGGGAGAGCGAUUGGGGGAGCGAGUGGGGGAGUAAGAGCGCGACCGCGUGGGACAGUAUGGGCGACGACGCCGCUGCGUCCAUGGCGGCGUCGGAGCGCGCGCUGCAGGUGGCGCACGCGUCGGCUUCCGACGCGGCGUGGCAGCACAUUGCGGGAGGGGCUCUUGCUGUGACGCAGGGAGUGACGGCGCGCAUGCAGCAGCGCGGGGGAAACCACGCGCACCAGCAGCAGUACCAGCAGCAAUACCAGCAGCAGAUCCAGCAGUAUCAGCAGAACCCCAUCGCCAUGCUGCUCGCGCAAGUGGAGGCGGAUCGGGAGGCCGUGGCGACGGUGCGCAGUCUGGCGUCGAGUCCGGGGGUGUUCAUGGCGAUAGUGAACGACCCCGUGAUGCAGGAGUUCAUCCGCAGCCGAGGCGGCGUGCACAUGCCUGGCGUCAACAGCAUCACUGAAGUGACAGAGCACCCGGUACCCGGACAGCAGCACCAGCCUCCGCAGUCUGCAAUUGAUGCGCGUGGAGGUAACACCGGUUCCCUGUGGGAGUACUUGUCGUUCGCGCUGGGUAAGAUGCGCUCUGUGGUUGAUGCGAUCUCAGACCUCCUUGGGACCGCCUUCCUGCCUGCAUCGCUCUCAUCCUCUUCUGCAGCAGGCAGUACGGGAGGGGUUGCGGAUGCUGGUGCUGGUGGUGGGAGCGCCACGGGUGCAUCUGGUGGCAGCAGUGCGUCUGGUCUUGCGGGGCUCAUGACUGUGGUGGUGAGCCUGGUGGUGGUGGUGGUGCUCGUGGUUAUCAAGAACAGAGCCAACCAGUGA